CUAUGUAGGAAUCAUGAGCACAUCAUGAGACUGCAGAAUUUCCCUGCUGCAUUGGCUCAGUUUCCAGUUCCAGAUGUUCCAGUAAACCAGCAGCUAUGGCGGUGCUGGUUUUGGGUGGCACAGGAAAGACUGGCCUGCAUUUGGUGCAGCAGCUUCUGGCCAGGGGGUUCCAGGUGAAAGCCAUCGUUCGUUCACCUGAAAAGCUGCCAGUGGAUGUGGCCCGGCACUCCGGACUCACCGUGAUCACCGCGAAGGUCUUGGACCUGACUGAUGAAGCCAUUGUGGAGCACCUGACAGGUUGUACCGCUGUGAUCAGCUGCCUCGGACAUGAAGGAAACUAUCAAGGCAUGUGCGGCAAAGCGUCACAGUUCUUGGUGUCUGAUGUGCUUCGAAGAGUCUGCCGCGCUGUUGCAGAAGCGCAGUCGCCUGUGAAGGUCAUUCUCAUGAGCACUGGCCUCUACACCAAACCGGACAGUGCAGAGGAUGUGAGGGUCCGCAACAGCUGCGGACAGCGAGCACUUCUGUGUUUGCUCUCUAGUUGCUUACCCCCUCACAAUGACAACAUGAGAGCUGCGGAAUUUCUUCGGACGGAGCUGAUGGACAAGGGUAUCGAGUGGUGUGGAGUGCGUCCAGAACUUCUGAUAGAUGGAGAAGUGUCCCAGUAUGAGCUUCAUGAAAACCUUGUUUGCAGCAUUUUCUCAGCAGGCCAGACUACAAGGGCAAAUGUGGCACACUUCAUGUGCGAAUUGGUGCAGGAGCCCUCCAUGUGGCAGAAGUGGAACAAAAAGUUCCCAUUGAUUUACAAUGCCGCGUGAUUGAUUGUCACACUUCGCGAGAUGCUGUCGAGACGCUGUCGAGACGCUGUAGAGAAAA